GUUGGGGGAUGGAGUUAGUUUAUUGUUAGAUUCUUCCUCAAGAAAGGUAUUAUUGUCUUUGAGAAGGUCAUUGUUGAGAAAGAGUUCAAGGGUUUGUGUGUUGUUAGUAGGAGGAUUGAGGUUUUGUAUCUCGGAAGGAGUCAAAACGUCUGAAGGGCCCAAAGCUGAAAGGCAAAAAAACCCAAAAGGCAUAAGUGUAAACAAUAUUUCUUCUUUGAAGUAUUUGUCUAUGUAUGUUUGGAAAAGUUUAAAUUGUGGUGCUAACUUCCAACUUACCAAAUACUGUUCCUUUCAGCAAUACCAAAAAGGCUGGCAAGAAAUAAAGAAACAAUUCAAAAAUAGUUUAAAUAAAGCUAAAACGAAUGAUGUAUCUUUAUUUUAUGUAAACGAAAAAAUUUUAAAUUUUAGCUUUGAUAUAGUAUCUCAUCAAAGCAUUAAUAAAAUAAAUAAAAAUAAUUUUCAAAACAAGUCAAAAUUUGGUAUAAAUAAAAAGCUUGAAAAAGCUUUUGAUUUUUUGUAUGAUUAUCAAGUCAAAAAACAUUUAGGUAAUAAAUCUGUAUACUUAAAUAUGGGAAGAAACUGGGCUUUAAAUACAAUUGGUCUAUGCAGAAUUAUUUGCAAUUAUCGAAAAUUGCAAAUUGGAGCAUGUAAAAAGAAAAGCUUGGACAAAUUAUUAAAUAUCAAUUUAAAUGAUGAGUUUCUCCCAUCUUACUUUUAUAUACUUCCAAAACUACAUAAAAAUCCUAUCUCAAGUCAUCCUAUUAGUCCAAGUUAUUCCUGGAUUACUAUAGAAAAAUUGAAGUUACCAGUUACUGCUAGUUUGUAUACGUGGGAUAUUAGUAAUCAACUCAAAUUCUUUCAUCAAAUAUCAAAAUAUUUGUAUAAACAAUAUAAAGGACUAGCUAUGGGUAGCUUGGUCUUACCAGCCAAUUUGUAUAUGGAAAGAAUUCUCAUCGAUGCAUUUGGCCCUCUUGAUAAUAAAAUAUUUAAUAGUGUUUUAUACAUAAGGUUAUAUCUAGAUGAUGUUAUUGCAAUCUUAGAUGAUGCCUAUAGUUGCAAUUUCGUGGCUAAUAGGAUUGAAGCUUGUACUAUUCCUUCAAACUUCGAGUUAGAAGGUACCUGUGCAAAUAAAAUUAAUUUUCUAGAUUUAGCUUUAGAAAUAGGUAUUAGUUUGCACGAGGAUGCCAACUAUAAUUAUAGAUACAUGUUGGUUUCUCUAUAUAAUAAACCAACUAAUGUCUAUGCUUACACAGAUACUCAAUCCUUUUAUCCAUAUAAUUAUUGCUACUCCUGGAUACAAGGUAAAAAUAUUCGUCUUAUCCAUAACUCUGGUGACCUUAAAUCUUAUAAUAAUGCUUUACAUGAAUUUAAAGAAGUAUUACUAAAGAUACUAAAAUAUAAAGAUAAUGAAUUUAUUAAUAAAGUCGACUUUAUAUUACCUUUAAAUAAUACUCCAGAAAGAGUGAUACUUGUUAAAAUGUUAAAACAAGUUUUAAAAAUAUAUAACUGCAAUGCUUCAGUACAGCCUAAUCGAGUACUUAGAAUUGCAUUACCUGUUAGAAGCGGACAAGCAAAAAUUGAUAUACUAAAUAAAGCAAAAAAGAAG